GCCGAGAUUCAUUAUUGGGGGAACGUCGAAGCGAGAGUAUUCACGUUGCUUCCCAUCCUACUUUGAGGACCCGAUCGCAGCGAUUUAUUGUUCGAGAAUUCAUCUUCAAUAAUAUUUCUUCCACGCAGAUAUACACACCAAAGAUGUUGUUCUUCGGAGUAUUGUCCAUCUUCCUGCUGACUGCCUCUGCAGAAUACUGUUACAGCGAUAUCGAGAAUGCUUGCAGCCCUAUACCUAAAAAUAAUGGGCAAAUAAUAAAUUGUCAUGCCCAAUAUGGAGCUAUCGAAUCACUUCAGGCUGAUCUGCAAGCAUUUGUAACUGCUAAUAUUGAAACGAGUUUCGAAUUUCUGCUGAUGUCCACACAUUUCGGCAAUUAUGAAGCCCAUAGAGAUGGAUUUAAGGGACUCUAUCGCAAACUUUCAGAUCAGUCAUGGGCAGAUGCAAUAGAUUUAAUCAAAUACAUUACAAAACGUGGUGGUAGAAUGGACCUCAAUCAGCUUCCACACUUCAAGAAAUCUGCCAAGGACGGUAAAAUUUUGGAAUUGACCGAAAUGAACAGUCUCGCUAAAGCGCUCGAUAGCGAGAAACAACUCGCCAAUGAAGCAUUGAAUAUCCAUGCUCAAGCGCUACACCAUACCAAACAGGACGCAGCUAUCGCUCAUUACAUCGAAGAACACUUCACAGAAUCAUUGACCGACCGUGUGAGAGAUCUGGCAGGUUACUCAAAUGAUUUGAAGAAUCUGCUACAGGAUCGCGAUCCAUCUGUUUCCAUAUUCUUGUUUGAUGAAUAUCUUCAAAAAGUUUUGUAAAAAAAUAACUAUAAAUGUAAUUUAGAACACAUAUACAUGUUUAUGUUUGAACCAUAUUAAUGUUAUUACUUUUAUCUUGCUAAAAGAUCUUUUGUAUGUAAAAUACAAGAAAUAAACGCAUAUAGAAAUUUA